GGCCUCUCUUUCUUUUUUUCUUCUCGUUCGCGUGAUGUGCUUUAAUGUCUCCCUCUCAUCGUGCCUGUGAUUAUGUGACUGUUUGAUGAUUGUGACCAUGCAUCAGCAAUACCAGCGAGAGUAGAGGAAAGGAAAGGAAAGGAAAGGAAAGGAAAGGAGGAUUGUCGACUGUCGACUGUCGAUUGUCCCUAUAUUGGAAAUUCCGUUGGCUUGGCUUUCGAGCAUCUGCCUUUUACCCGUAUUCCCUCCCUCCACCCUUCCUGCAUCUCCUCCCCUUCUCCCCUUCUCCCCUUCUGCCCUUCCACUCUUCACCAUCACAUCACAUACACACACACACACAUACUUCGUACACACACACACAUAUAUCCGUUGUUGUUUUAUGAUCCGCCAAGCGUUACUAUGCAUGGCCUGGCCAAUCCCUUCUCCUGCUUCUGUUCAUUCCAUCUACUACUACCAUUCGAGCCAUAGUCAGAACAUACCUUUCUCCCACGGCGACUAAUCAUCGUUAUACGAGAGAGAUUCGUUUGGUCAUUGGACAUUUUUCUCGUUUCCCUUUUCCGUUUUCCAUUUUCUUUUGCUCGAUUCUCUAUUGACUUUGAUUUUUAUGUUGUUAUCUACCUCUCUCCAAUAUCAUCGAAGUCUUCUUCAUCAAGGGGCAACUCCACAAUACGAUAUCCCUUAAAGGCCAACCAUCCAUCUGGCCAAUUCUUUCGUGCACAUCGGGCAUCACCACAAGAUUGAGGGGGAAAAGAGGGAAGACCAAAAUCAAAACCAGAGGAAAUUACCCACGGCAAGAGAAACUGCAAAUGAUGCCGCCUGUUCGAAACUGCUGCGAGAAAGAAUUGUCACGUAUAUUGCUAUCGCAUCUAUUCUAAUCAUCUGGCAACAUCUCUCGUUGUUGAAUAUCGCCAAAGUUCAUCUAUCAAAAAGAAAAAGUCGACCUACGAUCCCAUUUCACACACUCACUCACUCAUUCAACCCAUCACUCAACCCAAUCUCAGAUCUCAGAUCUCAAAUUUGCUCAAUCGAAAUACAUUCAUUUUAACUUGCGUUACAUCCAAAUCAUAAACGCUAAUUCACUCCUUCAUUUUACUGGUACGAUUCAAUUCAAUUCAAUUCAAUUCAGUUCGCUUCCGGGCCGUUCAAUACACAUUCGAUACGGUACAAUACCGUUUGUCAUACCUAUACUUUUUCUCAACGACUUCGCUCUUUCGACUUUCCACUUUCCACUUUCGACUCUCCAACCUUGGGACAUUUCGUUCGCACACGGCCCGUCACCAUCUCCUUACAUUAUCGCAUACAUUCGAACCCACAUCUGCCAGCUCCAGACCCAACAUUUUACGAGAACUUUGACUGCGCCUCCUCCUCGUUCACUAACAUCUCUCAAACGUUUGAUGUUCCCUGGAUCACCUCUACUGCAGCCACAACGUCUUCUCUCCUGUGAAUCAACAAUACACUACCAACAAAAGAUCGCCCAUUGAUUAUAAAAUAUCACACAAUAUUUCUGGAAAUUAUCUGCCAACUCAUGGGAAGGAUAGAACCACUUGGACAUAGGAAGUCAUCCACCAACCGGCGAUAUGGCUAACAGACCCAAUUUCAUUGACCUCCGGUCACAAUCGUAUGGAGCAAUGGGUACUGGCAGUAAUGGUUUGCCGUCCCCAUCACUGCGCUCAUUGCCCUCCCCCCGUUUACACGUAGCUGGAGAUAUUCCACCCGAACUUUCACCCUUGGAUGCAUUCGCGGCGCAAAGUCGACUCUUGGCUAGACAGUUAAAUGAGAGUACAAAUGGAGGAAAGCGCAUAAGCCGUUUGCCUCCACUUACAAUCGCGAACUCUCUCGGCCAAUCUCGACUCGGAAGUUUACGAUCUGCGUCUGCCGAAAGACUUGCAGAUUCCCCUCUGGCCCAGUUGUCUCCUACAGAAUCUCCUGCUUCUGCUGGCCCGGGACAACAGAGAACAGAGGUCGAGGCACCUAUAUUCAGACCAAUUUCGGUACAUCCUGAAGUGGGAAAGAUUCCAGAUACUCCAGCAUUCGAUGUAAUUCCCGAGAAGGAAGAAGGAUUUCGAGGCAGAAGGCCACCUCCAAGCCCGACUCCGAGGGAACAACAGAGCAUGUUUGGAGCUAGGAGGGAUCUUUCGCCAGCGUCUAUAGAGCAAGAUCCUCGACAACUUCAAAAGAGACCUGGAAGGUCGCCAUCUGAUGCUCCGUAUCGGGGACGUUUAUCUCCACAGCCAUCUCGUUCGCCUUCCGCUCCACAUCAGGGGCGUAAUAAUCUCAGACCAGAGCGUUCUCCUUCUGCUCCUCACAAUGGACCGGGAAGAUCACCCAGACCGGGACGUUCACCAUCUGGCCCUCACAAUAACCGGGCACUUAGGCCUGAACGUUCGCCAUCUGCUCCUCAGCAACGCAUGGUUAGACCAGGUAGAUCUCCUUCAGACGGUCCAUAUAGAGGACCACAGUCACCCAGACCUGGUCGAUCUCCUUCCGAUGCCCCAUCUCGACCUAGCCAGGAUUCUAUGCGCCAGCGAGCACUUAGAGGACCCGAUGGCUCUUUAGCUGUAGGCGGUUACGGUCCGAGAGCUUUGGCACCACCACGAGCACCAUUCGCGCAAAGAGCUCCUAGUGCCAGAUCUAUGUCAAUGGAGAGCUCAGAUGAUGACCACUCAUUAUCACACGAUUCUCCUCAGCGCAAACUUUCUUCAACCAGUGCCAUGUCAAGCACACCCAACUCUCCUUCUUUCAACUCCUCGGUGCCACGAUCUCCAUCUGUGAGCUCCGACUAUUCUGUAGAUCAUACACACCUACCCAGACCUGCAUUCAACUUUUCUCGGCCAAUUAGUAGGUCUAGUAAUCACCCAAUGGAAGACAAACCAAUGAUACCUUCCCGACAGGCAUCUUCUGACAGCCAGCCUUCAUUUAUUCUUACGGAUGAUACUGCCCAUACUCCUGUAAGUAUGCAUAGUGAAGGAUUUCCGGAUCACAACCUUCUUGGCGAUGGAGCUGCACCAUCUUAUGUAUACUCGACGUUUAAUCUCCCUAGAGGUAAGAUGUUACAAAGAAAUUCGGCAAUUUUCCAAGAAGGUCAACCGCAAGCUCAAUUUGUCUUUGAGCAACAGCCCCCUGCCUUUCUGGGCAAUAAUCAAACUAUUGAAGGCGGGCCCCCGCCAUCACCUCCAUCUCGACCAUCAACUUCUUCCAGACCAGAUAUCUCACAUUUACGUCCUUCCUUAGAACCGGGCUCUGAACCUACUACAUUGGCUGAAAGAGGUCGAAGCUUAACAGACCCUAGUCAUCUUCCAUCACCAUUCGACGCGCCUCCUACCUUACACAAAGAUAAAGCGAAAAAGGACAACCGCGCACCAUCUAUUGCCUCUUCGAAUACUACAAUAAAAGCUCGAUCGCAACAUUCACUAGCUCCAUCGGCUGAAAUGUCUGGAGAAGAACAUGUUGCGAAAGCUAUUGAGUAUCAUGAAGAUGGGUCUCUAACUAAAUCCACCUAUCAUCUGCGUCUUGCGGCCAGGCAGAAUCAUCCUACGGGUAUGCUUCUUUAUGCACUCGCUUGUAGACAUGGUUGGGGUAUGCGACCUAAUCAGAGAGAAGGUGUAGCUUGGUUGAGAAAAGCUGCGGAUUCGGCUAGCCUCGAAGUUGCUGAUGAUGAAGAUACGGCGAAGGAUGGAAAAGCUGUUGAUGUGUUGGAAAGGAAAACUAGAAAGGCGCAAUUCGCGCUUAGUAUUUAUGAAUUGGGAGUCAGUCAUAUGAACGGUUGGGGUAUCGAACAGGAUAAGGUUCUUGCAUUGAGGUGUUUUGAGAUUGCUGGAUCUUGGGGUGAUGGCGAUGCUUUAGCCGAAGCGGGAUUUUGUUACGCCCAGGGAGUGGGGUGUAAAAAGGACCUCAAGAAGAGUGCCAAGUUUUAUCGGGCAGCGGAGAGUAAGGGGAUUAGUAUGAUUGGCAAUAGUUGGAUCUACAAAUCCAAAUACAAUGAUGAUGGAAAAGACGAUGUCAGUAGUUCGCCGAAUGGAAAGAAGGGGGGAAAGGACGGUCAUAAGAGACAUCUUUUCGGGAGGACUAAGUGAGGUUUAUGGAAAGACAUGAAGUGCUAGUGGAGCUUAGUGUGAAUACUGUUGAUACUUAGGGAAGGGCUUCCAUGGAAGCAAGAUAAAUAUUUGAGGGGUUUUCUUUGAGUUCUUUUUUUUUCUUCGUCAUCUUCUUUCAAGCAUUUCUUGUGUCUUUUUUUUCUGCUUCUUCAGGGCGGAGAAAAGUGAAAAUACCUAGGGAAAAGGGGAUUGUUGGCACAUUAAUGAUUCUGUUUUACUUGUUCGUGUUUCGUUUUUUUUUUAUGUAAGGCGUUCACAUACCAUUUCUAGUAGUCUGCUUCAUCAUAUGGGCGGGCUGGGCGUUUGGGUUGGGUUAGGAAUUUUUUCA